CGCUAUGCGGCCAUCUGCCAGCCUCUGCACUAUGAGUCUGUCAUGAACAGAGGAGCCUGUGUGCAGAUGGUAGUUGCAUCAUGGCUCAGUGGAUGUGUCUAUGGAUCUGUUCAUGUCUCAGGUACAUUCUCUGUCACGUUCUGUGGGCCCAACUUAGUUAAUCAGUUCUUCUGUGAUAUUCCAUCAUUGCUUACACUGGCUUGUUCUGGGGACCAGGUUUUAGAAUAUGCGUUUAUCAUUGCUAGCUGCUGUUUUGCUUUUGCAUGCUUUAUCUUAAUGGUUGUAUCCUAUGUUCACAUUUUCUCAGCUGUCUUAAGUAUCCCAUCUUCACAAGGCAGGUUCAAAACGUUCUCUACCUGUAUGCCCCAUCUAACUGUUGUGACGUUGUUUCUCUCCUCUGGAUUCAUCGCGUACUUAGGGUCGGCAUCCAAAUCCUCCUCAUCAAUGAACCUCUUCAUGUCAGCCUUGUACUCCUUGUUCCCUCCCACAUUGAAUCCAAUCAUUUAUAGUCUGAGAAACAGGGAUGUGAAGGUGGCACUUGGUAGACUGUUCAGAGGGAAAUUUCUCUCAAAAAUGUGA